GCCAAAUAGGAAAUGCUCACAUGCGAAAUCACAAAAAUUGAUAGCUCAUUCAAUGUAGUACAUAGAAUAGUCUCCUAAUACAUUUCAUGUUGUAUGUCGAAGUUGUCAACUUUGCUUCUGCUUCCAACAAUGCAUACGAUUUCACUCAUUAAAACUCGGAAACAAACAGAGCAAUUUGACGUUUCAUCUCUGUAGAGUUUAUUUGAGGAAUAUCUAUGACGAGGGAUCACGCCCUCAACUAUUGGAUCAAGCGCUUGGACAUGGCAUGUUCUCAAUCUAAUGGUCGAGGGUGCAAAAUCAUGGCUUUGUUAUCGUAGUCUUAUCAAGCUUUUUGAGAAAUGGCUACCUUCUCUUCAAUUAAUGCCUGUAAUGUUGUCAGUCCGACAAAACAUAGUUUACGUUUGAGGAGAGAUUGUUAUCCAUUAAUUCUUGAUCGUCCGGGAUUCACAAUGUUGGAAAGGAAAGUGAAAAAGAAACGGUACACUUUAGUUAGAGUUGUCAAUGCAAAUCAAGAUAUUGACUUCACUGAUCCAGGAUGGAAAAAAAAAUUUCAAGAGGAUUUUGACUCGAGGUUUAAUUUGCCUCAUCUGAAGGAUGUAGUCAACAUAGAGCCACGGCCAACAACAUUUUCUUUAAAAUACAGAGGUUCACAAGUAGUUGAUGGUACUGAUAUCCUUGAGGAUCGGAAGCAUGGCUAUGUAAAUGAGGAUGACAGAGCACUUUUAAAGGUCAUCAAAUAUUCGUCACCAACUUCUGCUGGAGCCGAGUGCAUUGAUCCCGAUUGCAGUUGGGUGGAGCAGUGGGUACAUCGUGCUGGGCCACGUAAGCAAAUAUACUUUGAUCCUGGGGAAGUAAAAGCUGGAAUCAUUACUUGUGGAGGUCUCUGUCCUGGUCUUAAUGAUGUCAUUAGACAGAUUGUUUUCACUCUUGAACUCUAUGGGGUUAAGAAGAUUCUUGGGAUCCAGUAUGGUUACCGGGGAUUUUUUGAUGAAAUACCUGAGAUUGAGCUUUCACGACAAAUGGUUCAAAACAUUAAUCUUGCUGGUGGAAGUUUUCUUGGAGUUUCUCGUGGAGGUGCUAGUACCAGUGACAUUGUAGAUAGCAUAGAGGCCAAGGGAAUUGAUAUGCUUUUCGUACUUGGUGGCGAUGGCACUCAUGCUGGAGCAUAUGCGAUACACAAUGAGUGCCGCAGGAGGAAGAUGAAAGUUUCUGUUGUGUGUGUCCCUAAAACUAUUGACAACGAUAUUCUUUUGAUGGAUAAAACCUUUGGAUUUGAUACUGCUGUUGAAGAAGCUCAACGGGCAAUAAGUUCUGCAUAUAUUGAGGCACGCAGUGCAUAUCAUGGCAUUGGUAUUGUCAAAUUGAUGGGAAGAAGCAGCGGUUUCAUAGCGAUGCAUGCUUCACUAGCUAGUGGUCAGACUGAUGUUUGUUUGAUUCCUGAGGUACCCUUUAACUUAGAUGGUCCUUAUGGUGUCUUAAGGCAUUUAAAGUAUCUCAUAGAGACCAAAGGAUCAGCCGUGAUAUGUGUGGCUGAAGGAGCUGGUCAAGAUUUGCUAGAAAAGUCGAAUUUAACAAAUGCAUCUGGAAAUGCAGUGCUUAAAGAUAUUGGUGUCCAUAUCCAACAGCAGAUCAAAAAACAUUUUAAGGAGUUAGGUAUUCACGCUGAUGUUAAAUACAUCGAUCCCACUUACAUGGUUCGCGCAAUCCGUGCAAAUGCCUCAGAUGCUAUACUCUGCACUGUCCUUGGACAGAAUGCUGUCCAUGGUGCUUUUGCUGGAUAUAGUGGCAUUACUGUUGGAAUAUGCAACACUCACUAUGUCUACUUACCAAUUCCUGAAGUGAUUUCCUCUCCCAGAUAUGUGGACCCGAAUAGUCGAAUGUGGCACCGAUGCCUGACCUCCACUGGGCAGCCUGAUUUCUGCUGAAUUUUUUUCACAUUUUAUCAGUCAAUUUUCAAGUGCAUAGAAGCAAUAUCAAAUGAAGCCUAGUUUGCCUAUUGACCAUUUUGUUUAGUUUGUGCACAUCAAAGGAAUAACAUUUCUUUGCUGUUUUAGAGGCAAAGAUGAUUCACAGCACUGGGCUUCAGUUUUAUAUCAUGUUAAUAUAUAACUUGUUCAUACAACACGAGAGAGAGUAAUAUUAUUUGGUAAAA